AUGCCGAGCCUGGACAAGUCCGAGCUGGACGGAGGCGACGCCGCCGCGUAUCUGCGCGCCGAGACGCCGCGCGGUGGCUCCGUGGCCGUGGGCGUGGACGCGUCCAAGCCCCUGAAGACCAGCAGCGAGUCCGGCAGCAACUCCGACUCCAAGAAGGAGCCGAGUCUGCGCAAGCAGAUCGUGCACGGCGGGCCCACGUCCUUCAAGUUCACGCACCUGUACCGCUUCGCCACGCCGCUGGACAAGCUGCUGCUGGUCGUGGGCGUCCUCACGGCCGGCGCGAACGGCGCGCUGUUCCCGCUCAUGGCCAUCGUCUUCGGCGACGUACUCUCGGGCUUCACGAGCAUCCCCGUGGACAUGGACACGGUCAAUACGGCCGCGUUGGACUUCUUCUUCAUCGCUGUAGCCAUGUUCUUCACGGACUACAUCUCGUACGUCACGUUCUACUACAGCGCCGAGAGGCAGAUGAAGGCGCUGCGCAGUGAAGCGCUCAAGCACAUGCUCUACCUCGACAUCAGCUGGUACGACGAGAACGACGCGCUGCAGUUGUCCAGUCGGUUGACGGGCGACACGGUCAAGAUCAAGGACGGCAUGGGCCAGAAGCUCGGCGACUCGUUCCGGUUCACGGUGCAGUUUAUUGUGGGCUUUGUCAUUGGCUUCGUCCGUGGCUGGGAUAUCACGCUGGUCAUGGCCUGUGUGAUGCCGUUCAUGACGAUCUCGUUGGGUUGGCUCAUCAAGACGCUGCGCAUCAAGUCCGACUGGGCCCAGAAGGUGUACGCUGAAGCUGGAUCGGUGGCCGAGGAGACGCUGGGGUCCAUCCGUACUGUUGCGUCGCUGAAUGGAGAGCAGAAGGCGAUUCAGAAGUUUGAGAAGAAGGUGUUCGAGGCGGAGAAGGAGAACAUCGCGCUGCACAAGAUGACGUCGGUGGUGUUUUCAAUGUUCCUCGGAAGUGUGUGGAUCAUGUAUUCCAUUGGUCUCUGGUACGGUGGGUGGAAGGCCUCCAAGGGUAACACCACGCCAGGAGAUGUGUUCGCGGCGUUCUUUGGCGUCAUGAUGGGUACCGGUUCCCUCGCGCAAAUUUCGCCGAAUGUGACUGCCGUUUCCAAGGCUGCAGGCGCUGCCGAGGAACUGUUCGCAAUCCUGGACACUGCGAGCGCUAUCGAUGCGGAGAGGGAAGAUGAGGGAAUCAUUCCUGACACGUGCGAAGGCAAGAUCGAAGCGGUCAACGUCAACUUCACGUACCCGAGUCGUCCUGACGCUCAGAUCCUGCGUGACUACAAUGUCACCAUCGAGCCUGGUCAGACGGUGGCUUUCGCUGGCGCCAGUGGCGGUGGCAAGAGUACGCUGAUUGCCCUGAUCGAGCGCUUCUACGACCCCACCAGCGGCACCAUCUACCUCGAUGGCCGCGAUGUCAAGACGCUGAACGUCAAGUGGCUGCGCUCGCAGAUCGGCAUGGUGUCGCAGGAGCCGGUGCUGUUCGCCACCACCAUCUUCGAGAACAUCGCCAUGGGCGGCGACAACGUGACCCGUGAAGAGGCCAUCGAGGCGUGCAAGCUGUCGAACGCGCACAACUUCAUCAUGUCGUUGCCGGAGCAGUACGACACGCUGGUGGGCGAGAAGGGCGUGUCUCUGUCUGGCGGCCAGAAGCAGCGAGUCGCCAUCGCGCGUGCCAUCGUGCGCAAGCCGAACAUUUUGGUGCUGGACGAGGCCACGAGUGCGCUGGACAACGAGAGCGAGAAGAUCGUGCAGGCUGCGCUGAACAACCUGAUGGCUACGACCAACAUGACGACUCUCGUAAUUGCCCACCGUUUGAGCACCAUCCGCCACGCCGACAAGAUCGUGGUGCUGAACGAGGGCCACAUUGUGGAGAGCGGCACGCACGACGAGUUGCUGAAGAUCGAGCACGGCAUCUACCAGAACAUGUACCUCAUCCAGGAGUUGCGAUCGCAGGAGGAGCAGCAGGAGGCCGAGAAGCGCGAGACGGAAAGUGCACAGUCGAGCACGAAGAUGACACGGACAUUGAGCGGAGUAUCGGCGAAGACAGACAUUUCAGUGAGCGCAGUGGAAAAGAACUUCCUGGACAAGAAGCCGUUUAGUCUUAUGGAUAUUGCGCGCAUGUGCAAGCCUGAGAUCAACUAUUUCAUUAUCGGCCUUAUCGGAGCGUGCGUGGGAGGUAUCGCUAUGCCGGCUUCGGCACUUUUGAUCACGGGUAUGAUCACCUCCAUGACUGAGAAGUACGGGCUAUAUCAGAGCACCGGUGACAAGGCCUACCUGGGUGAACUGUAUGAUAAGGUGGAGCUGUACGGCAUCCUGUACCUCGUUGGGGCUGCAGUGAUUGCGACUUUCAUGUACAUGCAGACCUAUUGUUUCAAGUUUAUCGAGGAAAAGACAACAACUCGCCUGCGCAACACCAACUUUGAGGGCCUCUGUCGUCAGAAUGUUGGAUUCUUCGACGAGAAGGAUAACGCUACGGGUGCGUUGACUGCUGACCUCGCCACGAACGCAACCAAGGUCGCCCUGUUGUCUGGGGAUUCGCAAGCACGCGUGUUCCAAGCAAUCUUCACUUUGGUUGCGGCUCUCGUAAUUUCCUUUGGAUUCGGCAGUUGGUUGCUGUCACUGAUCAUGCUGGCCAUCAUGCCUUUCUUGCUGUUUGGUCACGUGGCGCGCAUGAAGCAAAUGCAGGGAGGUGGCUUGAUUUCUGACGACCUGGCCGUUCCUGGAGCUCACGCAUCGGAAGUGCUUAGCAACAUUCGCACUGUUGCCUCGCUGGGUAUUGAGAAGAGGUCUGCCGAAGUUUUCGACAAGCUACUGGAAGAACCCCUUCAGAAGGGUAGCAAGGAAGCCCAGAUCAACGGUGUAUCACUGGGUUUCAGCUCUUUCAUCAUGAUGGCGACCUAUGCUUUCAUCUUUUGGUUUGGCGCCAAGAAGGUGAACGACGGAACGAUUGGCUUUACGGAAAUGAUGCGAACGCUGAUGACCAUCAUGAUGUCGAUCCAGAUUGUCAGCAGCGCCUCGACCUUCUUGGGCGAUGCGCCCAAGGCGUUCAAGGCUGGCUCGACAAUCUUCGCUAUCCGUGACCGUGUUGCCCCCAUCGAUUCUUUCAGCUCCGAUGGAUUCCGUCCGACCAAGGUUGAGGGCCGUCUCGAGUUCAAGAACAUCUCGUUCCGAUACCCCACCCGUCCGGAGAUCAACGUGCUCAAGAACUACAACCUCACUAUUGAACCUGGUCAGACUGUGGCGUUCUGCGGCCCGAGCGGUGGAGGCAAGAGCACUAUCAUCUCGCUCAUCGAGCGGUUCUACGACCCCGUGGUAGGCGACGUGCUGCUGGACGGCCACAACAUCAAGGACCUGAACCUCAACUGGCUGCGCAGUCAGAUCGGUCUGGUGGGCCAGGAGCCCACGCUCUUCAUCGGCACCAUCGCCGAGAACAUCGGGUAUGGUCUGGCUGAGCAGCCGAGUCAGCAGGAGAUCGAGGAGGCCGCGAAGAUGGCGAACGCGCACGACUUCAUCACGCAGUUCCCGGACGGCUACGAGACGCAGGUGGGCAUGAAGGGCGAGCAGUUGUCUGGCGGCCAGAAGCAGCGCAUCGCCAUCGCGCGUGCGAUCCUGAAGAACCCCAACAUUCUGCUGCUCGACGAGGCCACGAGCGCUUUGGACUCGGAGAGCGAGAAGGUGGUGCAGGAGGCUCUGGACAAGGUGGUGGCGCUGAAGCGGCGGACGACGAUCGUCAUUGCCCACCGGUUGUCCACGAUUCGUCGCGCCGACAAGAUCUGCGUGGUGAAUGGAGGCAAGAUCGCGGAGCAGGGCACGCACCAGGAGCUGCUGCAAUUGAACGGCAUCUACGCUGGUCUGGUUGAUUCGGCAUCCAUGUAG